GUUUCUAAGGCGUGCUUGGGUUGUUGACAACGCGCACCUGCAUGGCGGAACUGUGCUGAGUCUCAGCUCGAAGUCACUCACAAUUUUAGAAUGGCUGCAGCCGCGCAAUCCCAAGGGAAACAGGUGGCAGGCUGUAACUAUGUCGCUCUGGACGAAAUCUGGAAGGACCACAUUCAUUUGGAAGUGUCAGCCUCUAAACAGUGGCCAGAGAGUUGGGGAUUCCUCAGCCAAAGAUAUGAGGAUCUGGUGCAGGGUGAAGUGACGAAAAAAACGCGAACAGAACGCCACGUUCCAACACCACUUAGACUUCCUCCUAUUACACCAAUAGAAAAAAUCAUCAAUGUCAAACCAUCUCCAAAGCCCUUCCCAAUGACGACAGCACGCACCAUAGGCUGGCGCUCCUCCCGGCCAGAGUAUGCGUUGGAGAGGUACGGGAGAUAUGCCAAUCCUAAGGGAGGACUAAUAAAACAGCUGAACUGGCCACUAGAUGGCAUUGAUUAACAUCAAACAGGACAUUCCAUCUCCCAUGCAUUCUUGGCGUAUAUGUGUGUAAAUAUAACAUACAAACUCAGUUUAAUUUGGUCAAUUUUUUGUUAAGUAUUGUAAGUGAGACGCAACACUCAAAUCAUCCACACGGCAUUAGGUGCUGCCCAUCAUUAUUGCUUUCCCCGUAUAAAUAAAGUCUGGACAUUUAAUAAUAGACUGAAGAUUUAAUCUUUAGGUCAGACAAGUUCAGCAACUUUGUUAGGGCUGCUGUAUAUAUAGUGGGGGAGUUCCUUCUUAUUUUACCAGGUUAAGUAAAUGUAUGAUGAUCAUAAAAAAUUGCAUGUAACAAGGCAUUAGAGAUGUGUUUUUGGUACUCUUAUCAUGAUCAAAAAUUGCGUAAUAUGUGUCACGUGAUGUAGUUAAUGUCAAUUAAGUAGAUGAAUUGAUGCACAUCAUCACAAAAUUCAAUGAUAAAAGUCAUCAACAAAAACUUUCCAGCAACUCAUUAAAACCUAACAUCAGCAGAAGUUAAUUAAAGUAAUUACCAAUGAGUCAGUACGUAGUGAUUAAGUCAUUUUCUCAAAAUAGCGAUAUAUAAAUAAAUAAAGAUACAAAGAAAAGAGGAUAAUUGUCCCACCUGGAGUCAAUUCAGUACCAAUUUUCUCAGUUCUUUUGGGUUUAUUUGUGAUUAUCUAAGGUCGUGGUAUCAAAAUUAUCAUCAUUUAUUAUUUGCCGUUCGAGGCUUCUCAUAUUAUUAGAAUGUAAACUUGUGUAAUCGAUACCCUCAGACUCAGACAAAAAAAAUCUUGGAAAAUCAUGCAUACACAGUGACAUUGGGUACAAAAAUGUUUGCAAAUUUUCUUCGGUAAAGUAAUGUUAAACAAACAAUAGAUAUUUGUCAGUCUUAUAUAACUUUAAGGAAUAAAGGAUUACCCCUCACUAAAUACCUCAGCUCAAAAUAUUAUCUUAUGUGCAUUAUUCAAUGACAUAAUAUGUUGACGUAAGUGGUUGCCACCACAUUUUCAUAUUCAUAAUGCAUUAGAAACAAAAUGCCUUGACAACCAAGCAUCAAUUUUCCACGUUUAACUGAGCUUGUAUUUUAUAUUACAUGUAAAGUCAACUGCAUACUUUGACUAUUUGCUCACGAUUCUCUCUGGGAUUCUUUGUGAUAGACGUGCUCACAAAUGGCUUAAGUUUUGGAAAAAAAACCUGUUUUCUUACAUUUUCAUCUUCAUGUCUAGGGCAUCCAUUAUUGUGUUUCUAGGUGCGACAGAAUUAAGUACAGAUGACUAGAAAAGAAUUUGCGUCACUAAAUAAUUGCAUAAUAUUGCAUCUGCGUUUAAAACUGGAGAAACUUAAAUUGUAACAAAAUUCAAAACAGUUGACAGAAAAGUAGUAAAGCCAGGGCCUUUUAGCCCAAGUUGGUUUAAAUCUCUUGAUUUGAACCACAUUUCAUUAAUACAUGAUUUCUUUUAGUACCAGUUUGUGUAUGUAUUCAUAUAGGUUAAACUGAAGAACUUCAUAAAUACUCUGAAAAAUAAGUUGUCAUCUUGUAUCAUUUGUGUCAUGUACCAGUUAGUGACAGUUACCUUUUGGACAGAUCAUUUCCUAAUGGAACUGGUGUGCAUAAUUUGGCAAAAAAGGCAUUUUUAAUGCAAAUUUUCCACCUGUCAGCAAUGAUACAAAUCUUCUCAAGAUGUUGUUCUUUUUUUCAUUAUUUAUUUAUCAAGACAAUCUUAGAAUCAUCAUUAUGACAGCUUUCAUGUUUUGGAAUUGUAAAUUGUCUGACAGAGGACUCUUGCCAAGUCUGAAAGACAACAUUCUUAAGUGGACUAUUUCUUCAUGUGAUCACUUACAGCAAUAAAUAUUUAAAGUUUU